AUGGUUGUCGGCGGCGUGAAUGGAGGUCCAGGGUUCGGCAUACCCAUUAUGAACCCUCCGCUGCUCAUGCUCCCACCACUUAACCAGCCCAUCAUGGGCAUGGGCAGGCCAAUGUCACCGCCGGUAAUGACACCCCCAAUCAUGGGGAGACUGGCAAGGCACAAGCGCGACAAUGAACCGGAGAAAUUUGCGGGGAUUCAGCGCUCUCGGGUUGCUCAAUCUCUUCCACAGAACGAAAGCAAGCACGACACCGAGCAAGAGGAUAUCAAGGAAUACCAGAACUCUCAGGUGUACGGAGACGUGGAGGACGGGGAAACCGCAGCCUGA